AUGGCGUUCUCCACGCAGAAAGAGUUCUUUCACGUUCCGUUUGGUAAUGAGACAUAUGAGUUUGAGUGCGUCGACGCAUGUGUGAAGUUGAAGACCUAUCCAUCUACAAUCGACGACAGAUCAUGGUCAGCAAACGAGGAGAGAAAGUCGCAGUUUGUAGCUGAUUUGGUGGCCUGCAAUUCACCGAUAAAGAAGCAAGGAGAAGGUAAGCCUCCUCCCAUAACUCCACGUGGUCCUGAGGAUGAGUACGGAAGUAACUUGGUGGUGAACGACAGUUUAAUAAAUGCCGCCGAUAACACAAUUGGUCGCAUGCAGGAUCUGAUGAUAAAGAACAAUAUUCUUCAGAAAAAAUUAGCAGAUUCAGAUGAAAAACUCAGGACAGCCAAUCAGGAGAGUGAUGAAAUUAAGCGGAUUAUGGAUCAACGAUACGACCCGGAAAAGAGCAAGGCCCUCAAAAAUAAAAUAAAGCAGUUGGCCGAUGACAAUAAGAUAACUCCUCAGGACGAGAAGGAGCUAAAUGAUCUACAGGCGGCCAUCGACGACAUGAACAAGGCACAUGACAUCCUUGAGGCGGAGAAUGCUAAUCUUAAACGACUGAUCGAUAAGCAGUCAAAGCGAUGCAAGUUGGACAGCAUUCCAAUUGAUCCGGAAAAGAGCAACGACAUCCCUUAUCUACAGAAAAAGAUAGACGAUUUGGGCAAGGAGGUUGCUCUACUGCGUCAGUUCGAGGACGAAGUGAUGAAAAGGUGUGCCAAAAAGUGUGGUUCCGGUGGUGGUGGUGGUGGAGGUUCAGGCCCUGCUGGUUCAGGUGCAAGUCCUCCUAGUAAGGGCACCUUUUCCCCAGAUACUGAUGCUGAGAACAUCAAAAAGAUUCUAGCCGACCGUGACGCCCUGCGGAAAAAGUGCAAAGAAUUGGAAGAGCUAGAAGAUAAGGUUAGCCAGUUGGAGGAAAAGGCCAACGAAGCGGAGUGCUUGACGAACAACCUCCAAGACAAUAUCCAGCAACAGUGUCAGAGCUUGCAGCAGAUGCAUUGCGAAAUGCAGGAAAUGCAGAACUACUACGAAAACGAGGUGGACAAGGCAAAGGGAAACGAGGAGAUAUUGAAGUGCCGGUGCAAGCAAAUGAAGCAGGAACUGGUGGCUGCAAAAUGCGCCGUCCAGCGGGCACAGUGCCAGCAAAUGGAGAUUGAGGUUCUACGAAACGAGUUGCGGAAACGGGAUAUAGCUAUCAACGCAUAUGACUGCCAGUACCAGCAGCUUCUGCUAAAAGCCAAGAUGUUCAAGAGCGCUGGCUACCGUUUCCUGGACGACCUGCCACCCUGCAGCGAAAGUUGCGUAGAUGGUCCCGAAGAAGAGGACGAAUAGUUGCAUUCAUCCAAACCGAAAUACCUUUUCCUUUUUUCCAGAAAGUGUCCAAAAUCACAAUAACAUUAACUGCCAUUGAUCGAAAUCCAUAGUUUUAUGAAAUUAAAACAUUCAUGCAAUCGUA